AUGUCGUGCGUCCAUUAUAAGUUCUCCUCCCAGCUGAACUAUGCCACGGUCACCUUCAACGGCCUCCACAUCUCCCUGUGCGACCUCAAGCGCCAGAUCAUGGGCCGCGAGAAGCUGAAGGCGGCCAACUGCGACCUGCAGAUCACCAACGCCCAGAGCAAAGAAGAAUACACCGAUGAUCGGGCCCUGAUUCCUAAGAACUCCUCAGUAAUUGUUAGAAGAAUCCCUGCGGGAGGAGUUAAAGCUACCAGCAAAACCUGUGUUCUAAGUCGAACUGCGCCAGCGAGCGGAACACCAAAAGCAAUUGAUGACCCUUCUGCACCUCUUUCGCUGGCCCAGCUUAUUAAGACCGCCGAUCUGGCUGAAGCCAAUGCUUCUGAAGAAGAGAAAAUAAAAGCUAUGAUGAUGCAGUCUUGCUGUGCAUAUGAUCCAAUCAAUUACAUGAAGAAACCCUUGGCUCCACCUCCACCAUCAUAUACUUGCUUUCGUUGUGGAAAACCGGGCCACUAUAGGAAGAACUGCCCAACAACUGGGGACAAAAAUUUUGAGUCUGUUCCCAGAAUUAAAAUGAGCACCGGAAUUCCAAGGAGUUUCAUGAUGGAGGUGGAAGAUCCCAAUACAAAGGGUGCUAUGCUGACAAGCAGGGGAAAAUAUGCAAUCCCAACGAUUAAUGCGGAAGCUUAUGCUAGAGGAAAGAAGGAAAAGCCUCCCUUUCUACCAGAGGAGCCCUCCUCCUCCUCCUCUUUCUCCUCCUCCGCCCUCUCAGAUGAUCCUCUUCCAGAGGAGCUGUCAUGUGUCAUUUGUAAAGAUAUCAUGACUGAUGCCGCUGUUAUUCCCUGCUGCGGAAACAGUUUUUGUGACGAAUGUAUUAGAACAGUGUUACUGGACUCUGAGGAACAUACAUGCCCAACGUGUCAUCAGGCAGAUGUUUCUCCUGAUUCUUUAAUUGCCAACCAGUUCCUGCGCAAGAUUCAACAGCCACAGCAGCCGCCACUGCCGCCACCUCCACCACCGCUCAUGACUGUUAUAUCUCCUGCUGCUCUGAUAAAUCAAAACAAAACCCAGGACCCAUCCCUCGUUUCCUCCACCACCCCAUGCACUCCUCUUCCGCUGCGGGUACCACCACCACAGUUUCCUGCUCAGUUUCCACCUGGUCAGCCUCCAUCUGCUGGGGAAGAGAAAAAGUCCAAGCCUGAGGAGUUUACAGGUGAUUUUGCUAAGGAGCUGAUGGAAUAUAAAAAGAUUCAAGAGGAGCGCAGGCGCUCGUUUUCCAGGUCCAAGUCUCCCUAUAGGGCUUCAUCUCCUAAGAAAGGCAAUAUCAGAAAACGAGCUGAAGCUUCCCAAGGGAAGGCAGAGAGAGAUUGUGAAAAAUCUUCUCAAAUGGAACCACCUGUGAAAAAAGUGAAGGGGCAGUUGCCAAAGACAGGCACUGUUAAAACGUCUUCCUCUUAA